CUGUAGCCCCAACUCCUGGAUUUCCAGGGGGUGGCCAACCCGUAGCCCCAGGAUCUGGAAUUCCAGGGGGUGUCCAGCCCACUGCUCCUGCACCUGGGCCAGUACCUCCAACCCCACCAUCAGUAACCGUGCAGUCACCUUCUCCCCCUCCCACACCGCCUCCAGUUGGUUCCCAGUCAACCACCCGAUGCAUAGGCUGCGUGACAAGACUGGGAUGCAGGGUAGGGCAGAAGCCCUUCCAGAUCCAGCUGUGCGAAGCGUGCAUGUUUGACAACAGUGGUGUUUACCUGAAACCUAGUGAAGAAUGUCCUUAUCAUCCGAAACCUCACUUCACCAGCCAAGGGAGAUGCUUCUCAGGCUUAGAUUUAUGUCCCACACCAAGAGCUGUACAGUUCCAAACACAAUCCAGAGAUGAACCGAUACACACCUUCAAGUGCAGUGAAGUGAAACCUCGUCCAAAUGACCAGGAGAUUCGGGAGCUCUACUGUUCUCAAUACCACUUCUGUAAUUCCUUCGGAGCCUACGAGGGUACCCAAGAGCUAUGCCGGAACUUCUUCCAGUGCUACCAGAACGAGCGGGGUUACUGGGAGGCAGAACUACGCCACUGCCUUGGAACAAGUCUUUACAGUUUUGAUCUAGACAAAUGUCUACCACCACCAGAAGCAACUGACCUAUGUCGAAGUCCCUGAGAGUUGUCUGUCCUGCCUGGCUUGUCGUCCGUCCGUCAUCCCCUUUUUUGAAGUCGCCUUAUCCCUAAUCAAAAUGGAGUUAUAAUCAAGCCUUUGAGUUCGUCGGUAUGAAGGGUACUUAUAUUUUACUUUACAUGUAAAUAGUUUUGAUCUGCAUAACGAUUCGCAGCCUCGUUUCUGUACCUAUUCUACUUCGCAGCGCGAAUGCCGUCAAGCACUUUGCAGGAAGAUGCCCUGAUUUUCACCUGCUGUCUCUCUAGUUCAUAUCCGCUAACGCCAAUUAACUCAACUCUUAAGCAUCUGUGAUACUUGGUCUGCCGGUUUAUACAAACCUUAAUAAACGUCGCUUUUGUCUUCCAUAUUUCGAGAGAAAAGUACACCAAUAUAUAAUUGCAAAUACGUAUAACUGACACGCAGUGAUCUACAGAUACCUAAAAUACUACAGGUUUGCAAGUGUCUGUUGUGUCUGUUGCCAUGUGUUCUAGUCUGGGGAAAAAUUCACCACUUGUGGAUAUGCUUCACAUAUUGUUUGCUUUGUUUGGAAGGGAAGCAAGUGACACCUUCUGAGUCUACCAAUGAAAAUCUUCGGUAAAAUAAACAAUGAUUCGGA